UUCAAAAAACUUGUUAGUUUUAGCUAUGUCAAAUUACCUUAAAACUCUUCAUCCUGCUUCUCAGGAGCGGAACCAUCCACCUUAAGAUUGCAAAUUUCAUAAUAUUUAAAAUAUAAGUAUCAGAUGUUCAUGUAGAAGUAGUAAGAUGACCUGGAGAACAAAAUGAAGCGAGGUCAAUGGGAAUGUGUCCAGUGCCAGAGAUCUGUCGUGUGGAAACACAUGAAAACCUUCAUAAAAUGAAUGAGGAGGUACUUAACCUUAGAUUGCAUGUGCGUGCACAGAGAAACAGCUGACUCAGAGAGCGGGAAACAUUGAAUGAGGGGUACAAGAAGGGGAGGGGAGGCAAGGUGGCAGAGAGGUGAGGAGAGAGUAGUAAUGAGAGAAGGAGGCAUUGGAAGUGAGGAAAAACGAGACAGGGAAAGAGAAGGAGACGGAGAUGUCUUUGUGUAAACGGUAGCUGCCGUCCUCUCGUGUAAGCAGGCUCCUCAUUGGCCAGCCCGAAGCCCCCGUGUGUGUGAAGGAAGUAUCACCAGGGAAACUUCUUCUCGCUGCCACUGUGCGUGUUUUCCUCCUUGCCAGGGUUAUUUUUAAAUACCAUUCGGCUUCCUGCUCAGACUAAAGACUACAAGCCACAGCAUCUCUGUUUUGUUAUUUUCAGGAUUUUGCCAGUAUACACACACCAACAAAAAAAAGCUGCAACAAUGUUCUCUUCUUCUCCUCUACCACAGUUACAUUGCAGGCUCUUUGCAAAAAUGGGGGACGACCGACCUUUCGUGUGCAAUGCUCCUGGAUGCGGACAGAGGUUUACCAACGAGGACCACUUGGCAGUACACAAACACAAACAUGAGAUGACGCUGAAAUUCGGACCAGCCAGGACUGAUUCGGUCAUUAUUGCAGACCAGACACCUACUCCCACUCGUUUCCUAAAGAACUGCGAGGAGGUUGGCCUGUUCAAUGAGCUGGCCAGUUCCUUUGAACAAGAUGAUGAUGAGAAGAGGGCCAAGAACUCUGUAAGCAACACUUGCGGUUGAUGAUUUUAUCUUCUUUUAUCUCUGCGCUUGUGCAUGACCGUGUGCAUUACAUGGUUGCAGAAAUUUGUUUGGGGGUACAAAUGAUGUGUGACAUAAAAGCCUAAUUUAUUUUAUUUUUUUGUUUUAAUCUUGUAGGACACACCACCCAGGAAUUCAGCCCCUACCCCGACUAUUGUGCGUCCAGGUUCCCUCCCACUACAUUUGGGCUUUGAUGCUCUUCAGCCCACCAUGCCAUCACCCACUUCCGUCAUCACACAGGCUCCACCCUCAAAUCGUACUUUGGGUUCACCGACGAGCCAUUACCCUAUGAUGAUGCUUCCCUCUGGUCAGGCAGUGCCUGUGCUGCCUGGUCCUGUUCAGAUGCCUUCUGUCAUUAAUCUGGCUCGACCCAUGUGCAUGGUACCCAACAUUCCUGGGAUCCCUGGUCCUCCUCUGGGAGGCAGCAGCAGCGGCUCCAACUCCCCCUCUGGCUACAGCAUCCACUCAGAGGCCAAGAUGCGUCUGAAGGCUGCGCUGCAAAGCCCGUCAGGACAGAGUAUGGGGAUCAUGGCCAUGGGCAGCAGCCCCAUGGUACCUCAGAAGGCAGAGCAGAGUCAGCUGCUUGUCCAGCAGCCAGACGCACCAUCACCUGCACAACCUCAGGUAUCUCCAGCACAGCCUACAGGUGGGCGUCGACGGCGGACGACAGACGAUGACCCCGACGAACGAAGGCAGCGUUUCCUCGAGAGGAACCGGGCGGCAGCAUCCCGUUGCAGACAGAAACGCAAACUGUGGGUCAGCUCCCUAGAGAAGAAAGCCGAGGAGCUCAGCACUUUGAACGUCUCACUGUCGAAUGAAGUGUCUCUGCUGCGUAAUGAGGUGGCUCAUUUAAAGCAGCUGCUGCUGGCCCACAAGGACUGUCCUGUAACCACCUUACAAAAGAAGACUGCCUACUUAGCUGCAGACGAGAGCAUGAAAGACAUGUCAGAGCCUACAGGUUCCCCUGCCCCGGUGAUUCAGCACAGCUCUUUGGCGCCUAGCCCUUCUACGGGGCAAAACGGCCUGAGCUCAAGGGCAGCAGCUGAGGCUAUGGCCAUGUCAGUGCUGGCAGGAAUGGGCCAGCAGCAGAGAGCUGAGAGCGGACCCUCUCACAUUAUCAUGGCUGCACAGUCUCAAUCUGCUGCCAGAUGAUGAGCGAUGCCACCAAGGCCCACACUUGGCUCAUCACCCAGGGUAGAAAAGACUCCCACCUCCCAGGUUCCCUCAUUUUUAAAUUCAGAAUUUCACAUCUUCUCCUCUGCCUCCCCUCCCCUCUGUGGUCUUUCUAACCCUCCUGGGGAGCCAUCUUGCUGGGGCCUGGAGCUCAUCAGCAGCCUUCUGGGAAAGGACUGAGACUUUUAAGAGAGCUUCCUGUUAACUUUGCCAUAGACUACAGGGGCUGGACUCCAAUACCCCCUCCCCCCUGUUUCCUCCUGUGCGUCCCUACUCAGCUGUCCUCACCCUCAGUAAUAAGGACUCUUCACUGGACUGUAGGACUGCAUCAAGUAUACUGCCAUAACGAUCUUCCCACGUGAACACGUGCCGCACAGGUGUUUCGUAAACUUUUUUUUUUGUGUGUGUGUGAAUCAAAUCCGAUAUUAAACAGCACACAGGGCUCUACACUUUUUCCAGCAGGGAACAGUGCCUUGCUCUCCUCGUCACUUUAGCCUUGCACGCACACCCACACAUGCCAUCACAGAAUGCCUCCCUAUACAUCCUCAGCUCCAAAGAUGCGAUAGUCGUCUAGAAUUCUCUGACUCACAUCUCAAUUAUUCACUCAGACCUUUAGUAAAUGGUUCUCAGCCUCAACACGAUCUCAACCUAGACCCAAAAACCUUACCUCAUGUACACCCCUUUAUGAUAAAGUGUAUUAACUGUGUGUGUGUGAUUGUAUAUUUAUGUACAUCAGAACAUAGCAGUUUGCCUACUCCUGAUCUGAUGCAUUAUUAGCUAGAUUGUUAGCAUGUGACUUUUCUAAUAGGGUGUUAUGUUUUUGAUACAGUAUGUGCAGCUAUAUUUCUUUUAACUAAUUGGCGCGUCCUCCCAGAUUGACCCAUGUAACCAAAAUUAUGUUAGAUUGCGAUUUAAAAAUAAGUUUGUUGGAGCAGAUUUUUUUUUCUGACCUGAAGGGAAUUGAACUUUUUCCACCUUUUCAUAUUUCCUGAAACAGGCAGGUGGCUUAUUGGUAUGUAAAUGGAUGCCUUUUUCCAUUUUUACAUGUAACUGUUCUGGUGACUGUGUUUUCUCCGUGUGUGGGCCCUGCUGGACUUACUGUGUAACUGUUAUUUUCACACUUUUUCAGGAUGGUUGCACAUCCUUUGCUGCUCGUUUGAAAAUGCGAUGAACCCCUUGUUCUGUAUGCUCUCUACCAAACCGAAACUAAGCCAUAACGGAUCUCUCCAAAGACUAUCUGGUACUUGUCCUGGGACAGAAGUGAAUACCCUGACUGUUAUUUUGUGAUUCAGAGGUUGCAGUGGCACUAUGACAGUAUAUCACUGCUUGUAACUUGCACUUACACACAGUCUUUCACACAGUGUUUGAUCAUUUUGCCUUAAGAUCACAUUUGUGCCUCCGAUACCCCCCCCUUCACAUAAAUAUAUACAGAUUUGCUUGUAUGGGGGCAAAAAAACGUCUCUAGAGAAAUAUAUUAGUCAGUGUAUAUAAAUUGGGAAAAAAUGAAAAUCAAUAAAUAUAACAUUUAAUUAAUAAACAAAGCUUUUUGAGGCCUUUAAGUAAAUAAAAAGUGUCUUUUUAGAAUAUUGAUAAAAUAUUGAAGUACUUGUCUGUCAUCUGGUGGAGAGACGGAGCAAAGACAUCUCCAGUGGUCAGAGCUUUAAGGGCAGAAGACGAGCUGUCUUGUGACUGUUUCUGAAAGGCUCCAGUUCUUUUACAAUAUCCCCCAGAUGUUUUAUCCAGAUAUUGAUAUAUUUUUACAUGAAUGCUCAAAGUGGUUUGCUUUUUUCCCUCUUUUGCCCUUUUUCUUAAUAUUUUCGCGAGAUAUAUUUCAAAAACAGGAUAUGACUUAUUAACAAAAGGACAUUUAUGCACUAAAGUAAUGCAGGUUAAUGCAGGUUAAGUAAUGCUUUGUAUUUCUGUUCAAUUUACAUUUUUUUUCAGAGAUAUCAGAAUGUUUUUUUGUUUUUUCUUUAAUGGUUUUCUGUUAUCUGUACUGUAUACACAAAUGGGAAUUUGCUGAGCAACUUUAAUACCUUUUCCCUUUUGACUGAAUCUCUCCUCCUGCAGUCUCAAUGGCGACCCAGGCAAUUUGUGUAAUUUGCUGGCAGUCAAAUAGACGAUUGUUCAUUUGAAAUGAAAAUUCAAACUGCAUUUAGCUUUUAUGUUUUCUUGUAUUCUUUUGUUGCGUGCUGUCUUUAGCACCACACGCUCUUCAUCAUAACGCUUCUGAUUGCGCUGAUGAAUAUAGAGACUAAUUUCUUUAACACAACGAUUUGUGUUUUUGUUGGUUUGUUUUCUCAACAGAAAAAUUGACUUGUGCUUUGUUCUUUUUUCUUUUUUUUAAAAGAAAUUUUACCCCCUCUUUUUCUUUUCUUCUUUUUUUUUAAUACCUUUUAACAAUCGGUCGUGUCUUUUGAGCUUCGUUGUCUAACUUAUUGUUUUAAUUGGUCAAAUAACAAUAAUCUUUACAGUCUUUGGCCUGUUAACGAUGGGCCAGACUUGUUCUAAACAUAGCAAUUUAGUGGGAAAUACAGUAAUGUGAAAAUUACACAUAGUGUAUUGAUGGUUUUUCACACUCCCUUUGUUGGACUGAUGAUUUCUAAAAUUGUCCUUGUAUUGUACAUAUCUGUACUAUAUGAAUAUAUUUACUUUUCCAUGCAUGUCCAAGAGGAAUACCAUGAACACUUACAGUGCUGCAGUUUUAAUUAAAGAAACUACAUCAUAAUGAA